UUUUUAUCUGUAUUUCAGUACGUGUCUGACGUGUUCCUUACGGUUUUGUAAACAAUCAAUUUUCAUUUAAUUUCGACGAAAAGUAAUAGAACGACGCCAGCAUCAUGAUUACCGAUAUCCAAUUGGCGGUAUUCUCCAACAUCCUGGGAGUAUCUAUAUUCUUAUUGGUAAUUCUUUACCAUUACAUCAACGCAAACAGCUCAUCAAAGUAAUUUUUGUCACAAUGCAUAUGAUUAUUUUAUUUUCCACAACCACAUUAAUGUCUGAAUAUCAAUAUUCUAUUUAAGAUGUAAAUAAAUUAAGUUUUAUCUUA